AAAAGCUCUGUGGGGGGCGUCAUUUCAAGGAGUCACUAAUUUUGAGUUACUUUCCACAUCCGGUUUUUUCGCGCUCCUUGACGAGCGGGAUAACUAUUUGUCUCUUCACUGAUUGGGAUAUUCGGCUUAAAAGGUAAGAACCACAUUUAUCAAUUUAUAAAGGCUGUUAACGUUAGUCGGUAUUUAAACCAUGUUUUAACGUUAAGUGGGGUGUGAUGCAGUCGAUUUGCCAACGUGUGGAUUAAGUUAACGUGGGGUGGGGUCGUCGUCGCUUUGUAUUUUUUUAAAUUAACGUUAGUGGAUGGUUAGUGUGUGAGAGAACAUUUCUGUUAGGAAUAUUCGGUUAGAAGGGUGAGAACCAAUUAUCAAUUUAUAGAAUGUUAGUCUUUAACAGUCUUAGUUCAGCAACUGUGAAACGGUCAAAUUAAAGUUACGUUAGCGUGUUUUAAUAACGUUAACAAUAUGUGCUUAACGGUGUUAGUAACGUUACAUUUAAGAAAGCCUAUGUUUAUGGAUAGGGCUCUUUGAUGCAGCUAACAUUGACCUUUCUUUAUGGAACGAACAUCAUCCAAAUACUUUAGGGUUACUUAAAAUGUUUAUUAAAAUGGGUAAAGCCACAAAAAGUUAAGUUAAUCAAAUUCUCUCUUUUUAAAGAGUUUUCUCCUUUACCACCAUCUUCAUCAACACCAUCUUCCCUCACGGAUACCACAUCCCUUUCUUCAAGUGACAGUGACCGUAGAGAACUGGGUAUUCCCACAGGCAGAAAUGGAUCCAGCAAAGAAGACAUAAGCAGUUCUGCAACUUCCAUGUCAGAGGCGGCAAAGGAGAUGGUAGAAAAGGCCUUGCUUACGAAGCCUGGAGGAGAGGAUAUUCUUGAAGAGUACAAGUCAGAAAAUUCACUAAUGCACCGCACUCGGAGACAGCUUGUCAACCUAUUGGCGAGUGAUCUGACUGAGAGACAUGGCAGGUUUCCUUCCCGUCAGCAGAAGGAGAAGUAUGCCCUGGGAAUUAUUACUCUCUUUCCCUCACUGAAGGAUCCUUUUUCUCCAAAGGGCUAUGAGCAUUUCUAUGAUGGGGAAAAGGGCACUGGAUAUUUAGCGUGGCGCCUCAAAACCAUUUCCAGGACUGCAGGAAAACGUCCAGUCAAGGAAGCCUCAGUGUAUCAAGCACAAGGACCAAAGCGCCGAAGAUCAGCAACCACACUGCCUCAGCAGCUUGAUGGAGAUGCCUGCAGGGAGGCCAUUUCAUUUCUUGUUCACUCUCCUGAUGAAGCAAGUGUAUUUCAGAAGAUGAAGAUGACAUUUCAACAUCGUCAGGACCUAGUGCAUGACCCACAAAGAAGCACAGAUGUCUUCAAAACAUUUCCACGAUUUUUGGAUGUCAAAGGACUGGUGAAUCAAGACUUCCUGCUGCUGUUUGGUGCUGAAACGGCCUCCAAGAUGCUUGAGAAGUGGGACACCUCAUUCAAGCCCAAGGUCAUCAAAGAGGCCAAACAACUGACUCAGACAACUGAGCUGUGCCGACUUCUAAAAGCUGCUGAGAAACUCACAGAGAACGAUGAAAUGUACUGGGACAGUGACAUCGCUUCUAUGCUGCUGCUUCUCUAUCUCUUGCCACCCUCAGCUGGAUGGAAGAGGACCAAAAUAAGUCCAAGUGAUGCAGUGGACAAAAUGGUGCACUUUCACAAGUCAUGCUGCAGCAUCAAUGAAUAUAUGCAGGAAAGAGAGGGUAAACAACCAUACAUCCUUGCAGUUGGCCGAACCCAGAAGACGAUUGAUGCCUUCUACAUCGCCGUUGACAAACAGCUCAUCCUCUGCCAAGCCACCAGCUCAUUGGGUGCUUUUGAUGAACUGUUUAAAUCCCACUACAUCUUUAACUUAUCUUAUGAUGAGUCCCUGGUCCAUUUCUACACUUUUUUGCAGACAACGGUCUACAACAUUGAUGUUACCACAACAGAUGAGUCUCCAAGAGUUCGUGAGUUACGGGCAAAACUUUUGAAUAACAUAUGA